AUGGGCGGACUGGCGCAGCGCCUCCUCGACGGGGCCGGAGCGAAAGAGCGCUUCUCCCGGGAGCGGGUGGGGGAAGGCAGAGGGGCCCCUCCUUCGAGGAGGAGGAAGCCGCCGGGGUUCGGCUGGGAAGGGAGCGCCGGGAGCGCGGCCACGAUCAGGAGGAGGCAAAGAGUUGCGGGGCGAGGCGAGGCGAGGCGAGGCGGAUCCCGCUCUCCCUCCUCUCCCCGCAGCCGGCCUCGGUUCGCUUCGCCUUCCGUCUCGGAAGUGGAGCGGGUCCCUCCGGAGCGGCCAGAGGGCGCGGCGGCCACUUGGGGGGGGCGCGAAGGAGAAGGUGCCGCCUCGCCGGCUUCCCAAACAGCCCGUCGAGGGGGCUGUCCGGAGCCCCCCGCCCGUCCCGGAGAUGGGGCGACCCCUGGCCCCGGGACUCCUCCUUCGGCUCAGAGACGCAUCCGCGGCAAGCGAGCCGAGCGCAGGCCAGGCCAGGCCGACCUCUUGGCCCGGCCACCGCUCACCGGAGCAGAGAAUCGGCUGGGCUGCAAAGGACAGGCAGGGUUUAGCGGCUCCGCUCCCCUCGUGCGCCGCCACCGCCGCCGUCACCUCCUCCUCGGCGAGGAGGUUGUCUUGUACAUCUAUCACACCUGCGCUGUGACAAUCUUUGCAUCAAGUGCCACCUUUCCAGGAGCAAGGAGCCGGAUCAAAAGGCCCAUGAAAAGGCCCGGCAAAGGCGGGCCUGCACUUCAGAGGAUAAAGGGCCAUGAAAGGCGUAGACGAGGCUGCAAGGAUAAAUGUUAUCAGCAGCCAUCAGGCGGCGAGAGCGGGACGCCUAGUCCGGCCGCCAGGCACUCUUUACCCCUUCCAAGCAGCCUCGGCCGGCCCUCCGUCAGCCGGGCGUCAGCGCUUGUUUGCCCGCUCGCCCGCUGGGGCCUCUCCCUGAUGGCUGCUCUCCACCGAGAACCCCAGAGCAGAGGGCCGCUCACGCAAGGCGCUCAGCCGGGAAGCCCGACGCCGCUUUCCGUUCGCGCCUUUGCUUUGCUGCACGGCGCAGGGCGCCCCUUCUGGCUCUGGCGGGAGGGUCCAGGGGCCGAGGGCCAGCUCCGCCUGCAGACGGUCCCGGGGCAGAUCCUGGCAAAGGCCAGGCGUGGCAGGGACGACUCCAGCAGAGAAGCUGCGGAGCGCCCGCCCCUCCGGGGGAAGCAGAGGCUGGCCACUGUCUCAGGCCGAUGGGGAGGGAGCGAAAGGAGUGCGCCGCUGGUGGGUGGAAACGACCUGAGCGCUUAUGGGAGGAAGGCUGCCCUGUCAGCAGAAGGAACAGCUCCAAGGGCUUCUAGCCCUCGUGAUGGCAGGAGAGCCUCCUCCUACCUGGCGGUCUUCCUCUUCUUCCUGGGGCUGGCGGUCGGCCCGUCCCGCGGCUGCCCCGUGGACUGCGUCUGCUACCCGUCGCCCAUGACCGUCAGCUGCCAGUCCCACCACUUCCUGACCGUGCCGGAGGGGAUCCCCCAAGACAGCGAGAGGGUCUUCCUGCAGAACAACCAGAUCUCCCUGCUGCUGCGGGGCCACUUCAGCCCCUCGCUGGUCACCCUCUGGGUCUACUCCAACAACCUCACCUUCGUCGACCCCGGCGCCUUCAAGGGCUUCGUCCACCUGGAGGAGCUGGACCUGGGGGACAACGGCCACCUGCGGGAGCUGGCCCCCGAGACCUUCCGCGGCCUGGCCCGCCUCCACGCUUUGCACCUCUACAAGUGCGGCCUCAGCGCCCUGCCCGGCGGCCUCUUCCAGGGCCUCCACAGCCUCCAGUACCUCUACCUGCAGGACAACCACCUGGACUACCUGCCCGACGACCUCUUUGUGGACCUGGUCAACCUCAGCCACCUCUUCCUGCACGGCAACCGGCUGUGGAGCCUCCACCAGAACACCUUCCGGGGGCUGGUCAACCUGGACCGCCUGCUGCUCCACCAGAACCAGCUCCAGAGCGUCCACCGGCGGGCCUUCCACGACCUCCGCCGCCUCACCCUCCUCUUCCUCUUCAACAACAGCCUCUCGGAGCUGCCGGGCGAGUCCCUGGCCCACCUGGGCGCCCUGGAGUACCUCCGGCUCAACAGCAACCCGUGGGACUGCGACUGCCGCGCGCGCUCCCUCUGGGAAUGGCUGCGCCGCUUCCGGGGCUCCAGCUCCAGCGUCGAGUGCCACUUCCCGGAGGCCCGCCGGGGCCGGAACCUGAAGGAGCUCCCGCCCGAGGACUUCCGGGCCUGCUCCGGCUCCGAGUCCCUCCACCAGAUCAACGGGCCGCCUCGGUUCCGCCCGCCUGACCGGGUGCCCCCCAGAGACCACCCUCCCCUCCGCUCUUCCACGGAGAAGGGGAAGGAUGGGCGGCGGGAUCAGGGCACCCUGCCGGGCCAGCGCCCGGGCUACCGGAAGAACUGCACCAAGAGCCGCAACCGGACCACCAAGCCGGCCUCUCUGGGGCCCUGGAAGAACACGGGGGAGCAGGAGGAGGAGGAGGAGGAGGGGGCGGCGGCGGCGCCGGACUAUAAGCAGAAGUCCCACCUCGGCCUGCUGCCUAAGCACAGGGGGAAGUGCCCCCGGGCCCCCCUCCCGCCCCCCAGUGGGGUUCAGCAGGGGACCCGGAACCGCGCGGGGCCCGUGCGGGCCGCUGACCUGAUAGCCCGGCUGCUGGUGGCCCUGGUGGUCAUCAUCCGCUGACGGCGGUUCAUGCGGAGGAGCCACGCUGAACUGCCCCCACCGGCGGCCUCUCCAGCCUCUGGCACUGGUUCUUAUCUCUCUGCCUCUGGGAUUGGGCUUUGCGGAAGCAGCCGCUCCGGAGGGGCCGUUCCAUGGCCAGCCUGGGAAUUACAAAAACCCUGGACUGCACGGAGCACCCGCUCGAUGGCAGGAUGGGGAUGACAAGCAAGGCCCUGCCUCUUCGCCACUGACCAGCCUGACGGAGCACCUGAACAGAAACAAGCU